AUGGAUGCCAAUGAUCCGUUGUUAAUCAGAAGCACCGAGGCGGGGAACCGCCCGGUGGAAGAAUCUGGUUCGCCGCCGGCGUGGGCUUGGGAGCUCCGUGGGCAAAUCGAGCACUUGGCGGGCAUGUUCAACGAGUUGAGCUCGAAGUUAAACUCCUCACCUUCGAUAGGGCGGUCAACGACCGACGUUCAAGGUGAGGAUACGGUCGACACCGCUGUCAGCGACGAUCCCAGUGUCGAGGAGCACCGAACCUCCUUACUAGACUUCGUCGGGGUGCAAGGGGUACCGACGAGGGGAGGUCAAUGUCGUCGAGGGGUUGACAUAACGAAGGUGUCCAAGAGGGCACGGAAUACCAGAGCUGUCACUGGAGGGCCCUUCAUCGGGGUUGCCGAUGCCAGAGGCUUCAUCUGUUUCAAGAGGCAGGUGAAGAGUUUGCCUGAGAUCCAAUUGAGUGGUCGGUAUGGACCUUCAGAAGAAGAUGAAUGGGCAUUCGAGUAUUUCUACGUGAACCACAACGUCAGCGAACCCCUGAGACAGUUAAUUAAUGAUACUUGUGCGAGGAACAAGGACCUCACGUUCAAGGCGAGAGUGCUGACUAUGUGGAGUGUCCUCGAGAGCUACUCGGACGGCACUGACGAGAUGUCAUUGGUGAAGCGAUGGGAAGCCUUGGGUUGCGGCCCUGAGGGAGCGAAGGGGUUGGAGACCUUCGUGUCCAAAUUGGAAGGCCUUCGAGAUCAGCUAUCCGAAGUUCGGGGAGCUCCUGUCUCGGAUCUGGAGGCGAGAGCUCGACUGUAUAUGGGACUACCCCGGGACGGGCAACUACAUGUAGAUCGCUUGCCGAGAUUGUCAGUGGCGACAUACAGAGACAUGCUCCGAGAGUGCAAGUCCUGGGCUCAGCUUACCUUGAGAUAUGGGGUAGAGAGUCUUGGGAUGAGAUCGAUGGCACCACUGAAGUUACCUACCAAAGAUCACACGGGUCCUAAGAAAGGCCAAACCGGAGCCCAUUUGGCCGAGUUGCACAACGCGGAGAUCGACAGUAGGGCAAGAGCCCAGGUGUAUGUUAGCGGCCUACCCUUCCAUUGGACCUUUCGAGAGACGAAGGGUUUGAUCGGUGAGCUCUCCAAUGGCGACUUGUCGGUGUAUGUUACCAUGUUGCCCAGGAAGGGCACUGCCAUCGUGAAGCUCAAGACCGAUGUCGAAGCUGAGAGAGUGAUACAAUUAUUGAACGGCAAGCAGAUUGGUGGGCGGGUUGUGUUGGCUAAGCACGAUAAGUUCGCGCAAAAGACGGUUGAUAGCAAUCCCCAGGUCAAUCUGAGUGAGGCACAGCAGAGAGUGUGCCCGUUAGACGACUCCUCAUCUGAGGAGAGUAGUAGCUCGGCGGAAUGUCAUAUCCUUGCAGUCGAGACCGGCGUUCUUGAUGAUAGCCAUUGGGCGAAUACCUCUUUGGAGGAGAGACUAUCGAGUCAACAGUGUCAAGAGCGAAUCGUACCGGAUAUUGUGGCGUUAUGCCAGACCAGCAAGGGUGUCGAGUCCGUUGAGGCUAAGAGCUUCGAGAGCAACAUUGAGAACAUUGAGAGUAAGAGCUUCGAGAGCAACAUUGAGAACAUUGAGAGUAAGAGCUUCGACAGCAACAUUGAGAACUUCGAGAGUAAGAGCUUCGAGAGCAACAUUGAGAACUUCGAGAGUAAGAGCUUCGAGAGCAAUAUUGAGAACAUCGAGAGUAAGGGCUUCGAGAGCAACAUCGAGAACUUCGAGAGAAAGGGCUUCGAGAGCAACACCGAGAACGUCGAGAGAGCCUACGGCGAUAUUGAGGUUGAGAACAUCGAGAGCUGCAGGUCUAGGCUUCGAGAGGGCCCGAAGGUCAGGGAACCUACGUCGAAGCGAUUGGCUGUCACAUACACGGCCAAUGGGUUGCCGACCGUGGCAGUAAGUCUUCAAGGCAGGGUCACUACGGUUGCGCUCCUGGACACAGGAGCGACAGACGUGUUCGUGUCCAGUACUUUAUACCAUCGGUUGAAGGCACAGUCGCCAGGCCUGGAGUUGAAGCAGGGUGACAUAUCGGUGAAGUUGCUCGAUGGAGGAGCAGUCACGAUCCCUCAUAGUCUAUGA